ACAAAGGGGGAGGACACACACUUCAUUCACACGCUUUUAUCCCCCAAUGAAUAGCGUGCCUGUGAGCUUGAGUUUUGUCGGUGAACAUUCAGCAGUGUUACCCGCAUGCAUUGCUGCUUUAUUUGGGGGACAUCAGGCCAUGCAGACACACAGAGACUAGGGGAGCUAAUGGUGCCCGGCUACUCUUAGCGACCGAGGAGCGAUAGCGGUCCAUGUGUUCACAGCCAGACAGUCUCUGUGUCUGCUAACAGGCAGCGGCGGAACCCGUGUUUGCUUCACAUAGUAAUAAGAUCCAAGUUUUGUUUUGUUUGUUUGUUUUUGUUUUUUUUUAAAUUUGUGUCAACUUCUCAAACAUGGGGUGCUCCUCAUCCAGCGCUCAGACCGUCGACCAGGAGAAAAGACCGGGUACAAAGCCAGAGGAGAGCAAUGGCGAUACACUGGCAGCCAGAAACGGUUUCAUCGCAGAAGAUGCACAAACCAUUGAGGACCAGAUGCAGUUGCCUGUGCAGACGGCCCUCCCGGAUGAUCUCCACCGGGGAGCUGACGAUGAGGCGGAGGCCGUGUUGGUAGCCCUGGAGGCCCAGGAGGAUCUUGGCUCUGGGGAGGAGCUCCUGGAAGCUCCCGAGCCUCAGCCAGAACCUGUCGCCCCUGCAGAGCCGGCUCCAGAGGCUGCCGCCCCGGCUGAAGUCGCUACUGAAGCUGUGGAGGCCCUGACCCCUGCGGAGGAAGCUGUCCCUGUAGAAACUGUCGUGGCCGAGGCUGCUUCUGAGGUCAAAGCCCUUGUUGAGGAAGUCCCUGCUGUUGAAUCCGUUGUACAGGCAGAGGCCCCUGCUGUUGAAUCCGUUGUACAGGCAGAGGCCCCUGCUGUUGAAGCCGUUGUGCAGGCAGAGGCCCUUACUGUUGUCGAGGAGGUGACCCCAGAGCCGGCAGAGGCCUCCCCUGAAGUUGCCACCCCUGCUGCUGAACCCAUUGUAUCUGAGCCAACGGAGGCCCCAAUGAUGGGGGAAGAGGCCGUGUCUGUGUCGGCCGAGGCCCCGGCUGAAGUGGUCACCCCCGUAGAGGCACAGGCUCCAACCGACAAUGCUGCACCUGCUCCUGUCUCGACAGCACCGUGUGAAUCCUCAGAGCCAGGUGAAGCUUUGGCACCAGCACCAAGGGAGGCUUCAGCAGAAGUCACGGUCGUGGCCCAAGCUGAGCCCCAGGCUGCUGCUGAGGAGGCAACAGCACCUCCCGCUGCCCCUGCAGAGACCGCCACCCCUGCUCCAGCUCCAGGGGCUGGGGCAGACAGUGCAGCCCCAGCAGAGGCUCCCGUGGUGGAGUCCACCCCAGCUGAAGCCCCCUCAGCACCGGCCCUUAAGCCCUCACCUGAAGUGGUGUCUGCAGCUGAGGCCUCUCAGGGUACGGAGAGCGAGAAAGCCAAAAAGGAGGAUUGAGUCGAGAGAAGAAUUGCACCAAAAUAACAGAAAAUCCCAAAGCUACCAUUGUACGGGAACAAGAACAAGACAAAGCAAUAAACGCUACAUUUUCAGUAUUGUCACCAGCGCUCACCAAACUGUUCACCAGAUGCAUUAAUAUGCGCCGUGCCUUUAAUAAUGUGUCAUUUUUCUACAUAUGUAAAUACAAACCUUUUCUUAUUCUAUGGAGACCUUACGUGCCUGGGCCACACAAAGAAAAUGUUCUAAAAACACCUAACACCAGGGUGUGAUAUUCUGUGAAAACUCUUGUGACAGUGUGAGGAACUAAGGGAACGAAGUAAAUCCCUGACUAUUUAAAAUAGCUGCUUCUGAGGAAUACAAGCCAAACACAACUGUGACUAAAAUUAUGCAAGGAGUUUUGGUGUGACUGCAACACCAAACUGAGUGGAUGAACAGCACGCUGGCUAGGUUUAGACUGCUGGAUUUAGUUUUCAUCGCCUACAUAAAACCAAUUUCUAUUUUAGGUGUUAUGAAGUCCAAAUUCUGCCAUAAAUACACGUUUUUGUCUGGUGUUUUACACGUUAUUUAAUUGCAGCCUUCAUUUAAUUAAUAGGAUUGACAGUACUAAAUGUUGAGUAACAGAGUGUACAGUGCAAUACUGAUAAGCACUACUGUAAGUCAAAUCCAUGUUCCCUUAAAAUCAAUUGUUUUCUGGUAUUACUUAAUCUUGUUCAUAGGGAAAAGAUGAAUAAAAUAUGUUUUUGUUUUUUUGCGUAAGGAUGUAAAAAAUGCAUGCAGAUGAUAAGAUACAUAUUAAAAGGUUAAGUAAUGACGAGGAAUCACUGCAAGGUUGUUGAUGCAGAUGAUCCAAGUACAGAUAUGUCAUCUUGCUGUUCCAUGAAGCCAUUUGGUGCAGCUGCUCUGUAGUCGGCAGAUGUUAAUAAAUUUACUUUCCUGGAGAUAAAGGUGAUUUCGCCUAUAAAUUCAGAGGCCUCUUAAGCCUGGCAGCGCUGAUGUCAUACGCACAGUGGUUUGGGGUUUUAAUGCAGUACGUAGAUCUCAAGUUUGUGCUUGCAAUUGUCAUCUGAUGCCAUUUUAUCUUGAGAUUACAAGGUAAUUAUUUUGUCAUCUUGAGACAACAAAGCUCGUUUUCACGUGAUAAUGGGGAUAAUGAGAUAACUUAUCUUGAGAGUAUGACUUGUUUUCUCGAGAUCACUAAUUAAGGAGAACUGGAAAAUGAAUGUCUGGUUCAUUUGAUCGCACCUACGGAAGCGGAUAACGGACAUGCUUGCAACAUUUUUUUGUUUUUAUGCCUUUAUCUCUAAAUCAUGAAUACAUUUUUUUUUUUUUAUCUUGAAAUAAUAAAGCUUGUUUACUCAUGAUAACGGGUUAAGUCAAUUUUUGAGAAAACAAAAGGCAGACUUAUUAUUUGCAGUUAGGCUUUUUUUCUCCUCAAACUGCAAGGACUGAUCUGAACGUUAUCUCUAACAGAAAGACACAAUGCAAUUUCUGACUGUUAUAAGUAAUCAGAGGAAUUGCCCCUAUCUUUUCACAACUGGAAGAUUAUCUCAUUUUCUCCAAGAUAACAAAGCUUGUUUCCUCAAGAUAAUUCAAUUAUUAACUAGAAUUUACUGCAUGAAAAUGUUCUCUGCUUCCGUAGGAGAUCAACUAGUUGACAAGAUUUUUAAAUUAUCAUUUGUUAUACAUGCUGUGUCAUUAAAGUGUAAAGUUCUUAGAAAAUGAUUUAAAUUGUGAUGGAUAUUGUGGGAACAAGAUUUAAUGUCUGAUUUUUUUUCAUCCAUUUCUUUCUCUGUAAUAUAUUCCUCUUAUGAUGUUUGUCUAUGAUACUGCUAACCUAGUGUACAGAAUAAAGUUCUACUCACUAAUACAUGUGCUUUUGAAAAUGAAAUUGGACUGUGUUUUAGUUAUGAAAACCACCAGGUUUCAUAUUUUCAACAAAAAAAAAACAUGCACACGUCAAAUGUUCACUUAUCCCAGUGAUACAAACAUGUCUCCAAUGUCGAUGAAACAUUGAGAAAGACGACAUCUUUUUAAAGAUGUGUGCAGUGAGAAAGUUUGUUAGUAAAGGGACUAUUAGUUUAAUUUUAAAGGGGAUAUAUUGGGAAAAACUCACUUUUGUCAGUGUUUGUGUACAAACAUUUAGGGAUCUGGAGUGCCUACCAAACGUAAAUGAAGACAACCCAGUUAGUUUUAUAUGUUGCCUCCUUGAUCAUAAGACACAUUCAACAGGCUUAUAGGGGGUCUUAAAGAGACAGGUGCUGAAACAGCAUUUCAGACAGAGGGUCAAUACAGGUGUAUUCAGAGAGACGGUGUGAGGAAAAUAAAGUGAUUUAUAAACAAAGCAUGUGAACAUGUUCCAGUAGACACCCAAAAUACAAGUAUGAACCUUAAAAUGAGUAU